UUGUGAAAUAAAACCCACACCAAAAAUGUUUAUUAAACAUACCCUACCCAACUGUAUCACUGUUCCCAUUUUUCUUUAACAAUCUCCCCUUUCUUUUAUUGCUUUCACAUUACGUCUGUGUGUACAUGUUUUUGCCCCUAAGAAUCUUUUGAAUAUUCUUAAAGAUUGCCAUCAGUUUUUUCUGGUGAAAAAGUGAAGAAAAGGGGGAAAUAUCUGAAAUGGAAGCCAUGGAGUUACAGCACAAGGUCGAAGAAGAAGAAGAAUGCCCUGUUAAACAAGUUGAAAUAACAGUGCCCAAAACUGAUGAUCCCACUUUGCCUGCAGUGACAUUUAGGAUGUGGGUUUUGGGUCUUAGUUCAUGUAUUGUUCUUUCAUUUGUUAACCAGUUCUUUUGGUAUAGAAAGAUGCCAUUGACUAUUUCCUCCAUUUCAGCCAUGAUUGCCGUCGUGCCACUCGGCCAUCUCAUGGCCAAAACGUUGCCGCAUCGUGUGUUCUUCGAGAAUACUAGAUUGGAGUUUUCAAUGAACCCUGGUCCAUUCAAUAUGAAGGAGCAUGUUUUGAUUACUAUUUUUGCAAAUUCUGGUGCUGGAUCUGUUUAUGCUACUCAUAUUUUGAGUGCUGUUAAGCUUUAUUAUAAGAGGAAGCUCACAUUUCUACCCGCUUUACUUGUUAUGAUCACAACCCAGGUUUUGGGGUUUGGUUGGGCUGGGAUUUUCAGGAAAUAUCUGGUUGAACCCGGGGAAAUGUGGUGGCCAUCUAAUUUGGUCAUGGUUUCCUUGUUCAGGGCUUUGCACGAAAAAGAAGAAAGGCCGAAAGGCGGGACUACUCUGAACCAAUUCUUUCUGCUAGUCUUGAUUUGCAGCUUUGCAUACUAUGUCCUCCCUGGUUAUCUUUUCACUACAUUGACAUCUUUCUCCUGGGUUUGUUGGUUGGCUCCCAAGUCAGUUUUAGUCCAACAACUCGGCUCGGGCUUGAAUGGCCUUGGAAUCGGUUCUUUCGGCAUAGAUUGGGCUACAAUUUCCUCAUACCUAGGGAGUCCUCUCGCUAGUCCCUGGUUUGCUACUGCCAAUAUUGCUGUCGGUUUCUUCCUUGUGAUGUACGUCAUGACGCCACUCACAUACUGGUUUGAUGUCUACAAAGCCAAAACCUUCCCUAUUUAUUCUAGUGAACUUUUCAAGUCGACCGGAGAAUCGUAUGACAUAUUGAGCAUCGUUAAUCCAUCCUUUCACCUAGACAAGGAGGUUUACGGACAAAAUGGUCGAGUGCAUCUCAGUACUUUCUUUGCUAUGACUUACGGUCUCGGUUUUGCUACCCUAACUGCAACACUUUUCCAUGUCCUGCUAUUUGAUGGAAGAGAGCUAUGGCAACAAACCAAAAGCGCUUUCGGAGGUAAUAAGAAGAUCGAUAUUCACACAAGGCUUAUGAAGAAGUACAAAUCCGUCCCAACGUGGUGGUUUGCCAUGAUCCUUGUGUUGAAUCUCGCCCUUAUACUAUUCACUUGUGAGUACUAUAAUGAGUCACUUCAAUUGCCUUGGUGGGGUGUAUUAUUAGCUUGUGCCAUUGCUUUAUUCUUCACCCUUCCUAUUGGUAUCAUUGCUGCUACCACAAAUCAGGCUCCAGGUUUGAACAUUAUUACCGAAUAUGUGAUCGGAUAUAUGUAUCCGGAGCACCCUGUUGCUAAUAUGUGCUUCAAGGUGUAUGGAUAUAUAAGCAUGGUUCAAGCUCUAACCUUCGUUUCAGACUUCAAACUUGGCCAUUACAUGAAGAUUCCACCUCGAUCGAUGUUCACAGCACAGAUGGUUGGAACACUUGUUGCAGUCUUUGUAUACACCAUAACAGCAUGGUGGCUAAUGGAAGAGAUUCCCAAUCUUUGUGAUACUUCCUUGUUACCACAUGACAGUCCAUGGACUUGUCCAAUGGACCGCGUGUUUUUUGACGCAUCUGUUAUAUGGGGACUUGUCGGACCUCGUAGAAUAUUUGGAACAGAAGGUGAGUACGGGAAUGUCAAUUGGUUCUUUCUCGGUGGAGCUCUAGCUCCUUUCCUAGUAUGGCUGGCACACAAAGCAUUCCCAGAUAAAGAAUGGAUUCGCCUCAUCCACAUGCCGGUUCUCUUAGGCGCAACAUCUAUGAUGCCUCCGGCUAGUGCAGUAAACUUCACGAGUUGGCUUCUAGUUGGCUUCCUUUCCGGAUUUGUUGUUUUCAAAUACAGACCGGAAUGGUGGAAACGUUACAAUUACGUCCUCUCAGGCGGUCUUGAUGCUGGAACCGCUUUUAUGACAGUCUUAUUGUUUCUUACACUGCAGUCAAAGGAAAUCGGCGUCAGCUGGUGGGGAAAUAAUGGAGAAGGGUGUCCUCUUGCUGUUUGUCCAACUGCUAAAGGUGUUAUUGCUGAUGGUUGCCCUGUUACUUAAUAUUUGUGUUACUAUUGAAUCCCUACAACUGUUUAUCAAUUUCUUAGUUUUCCACAUUUAUUACCCCAUGUUUAAAUACUUGUUUAUAAUAUAAACUUUGCUCUUUAUGUUAAA